AUGGCUGACACUACCAAUGUCGACGCCGAAAAGAGACACGACUCUUCAGACGAAUCUGGCUGGUCUGACACAGAAUCUUGGAAUCCCCUCAACCUCUCACCUAUGAGAAAACUACAUAUUGUCAUCGCCGGCUUCACGUGUACUUUCAAUGGAAACUUUGGCUCUUCUAUGCCCUCGGGGGCUCUUGAUAUCAUCGCCGAACAGUUCGGCGUUACCAACCCCGUUCACCUCAUACUCCUCAACUCCCUGUAUAUGGUUGGAUAUGUCCUAGGACCUCUUCUCUUUGGACCUCUGAGUGAAUAUAUUGGUCGGCGGCCUGUUCUGAUUGGCACUUACUUGGGAUACAUCAUCUUUAUGCUGGCUUGUUCUGGCGCACCCAACUAUGCUGCCCUCCUAGUCUUUAGGUUUCUCGGUGGUAUCAACGCUGCUGCUCCCACCACUGUCAUCGGAGGUUUAUAUGCAGAUAUCCUCAACGAUCCUUCGACCAGAGGCAACGCCAUGGCUCUUUACAUGACCGUGACUACAAUCGGCCCUCUGAUUGGGCCCAUUGUAUCUGGCUUCUCAUCUCCCGUCUCCUGGCGCUGGCCAUUUUGGAUUGCUGGCAUGAUGGCCAUUGCAGGACUUCCUCUUACCCUUACCAUCCCAGAGACUUAUGCCCCAGUGCUACAUAACAAGAUGGUCAAGGCGCAUAUCAAGAGGCGAGAGAAGGAGAACAAGACUGAGUCAACCGACGAAGAGCCCUUGGAGCUGAAGCCCUUCAACGUCCGCAAGAUCUUCUUUCGACCCAUGAAGCUACUCUUUACUGAGCCUAUCCUUACAUCUACUUCGGUGUAUCUGACUCUAGCAUAUUCUGUCUUUUACCUCAUGUUUCAGGCGUAUCCUCGUGUAUUCCAAGGAUUCUAUGGUCUUUCUCCCGGUAUGGCAGGGCUUGCAUAUAUCCCCUUCUGCGUUGGUGUUGUACUGUCUCUUGGUGUCUUCGCAAUCUAUACUCGAUACCAUGACAAGCAAACUGCUGCUGGUGCCGAGUGGACAAAGAACCACAUCUAUCGAAGACUUCCUCUUGCGUGCAUUGCUUCUCCUUGCAUGGUGAUCUCCCUCUUCUGGCUCGGCUGGACGGUCUGGGACUCCGUGUCUCCCAUCAUUCCAAGCCUUGGCGGUAUCUUUUUCGGCCUUGGUUUCCAGCUUCUCUUCAUGGGGAUGACCAACUAUCUCACCGAUGUGUUCCGAAGUCAUUCUGCCUCUGCUCUCGGUGCUGCUGCCAUGUUGCGAUCUAUCGGGGCUACCACGCUGCCCCUCGCCGCUGACAGCAUGUAUAAUGACUUGGGGUUUCACUGGGCGCCUUCGGUCCUCGCAUUCAUUGCUCUGGCGAUGGGCGUCAUUCCCUUUGUAUUCAUCAGAUAUGGUGAGCGUCUGGCACGCAGCAGCAAGACCGCCAGGGAAGCAUUUGCCAUCCAGGACUGA